GAACGCUACGCUGACGGGCGUUACUACGGAAUAGUGCUACGAACGUAAAUUUAUUAACUUUGCAAAUGUUAAGUUUAAGUUAUAAUUUAAAAUAGUUCUUUAUUUUUUAAGAAGUUCUCUAGUAACAAAAAACAAUUAAAAACUCGAAUUGAAUAAUCAGUUUCAACUAAACUUACAGCGAGUUAAACAGAAAGAAUUGAAAUAUGAAGGAAAGAAAACACAAAACAUAAAAUUGAAUUUACGACGCAACACAAAAAAAUGAACAAAUCUCACAAAUGGAAGCUGCUACAUGGCAUUUCGAACAGACGAGAACUGGCGUACGAGAAAAUGACUGAAGUAAUUCUGAUCGAUACGUGUGCGGAAUAUUAUUGGAGAUUAUUCGCCGAAUUAUUCACCGCUGCGAAUUUUUUUAUCAUGCUACUUGAAAUUUAGUAGUUGAAAUAUAUCCAAAAUGGGUCAAGCAGCUACUCACGAUGCAAAUAACUACACCUCCAUUAAUUACACUGAGAUUUACGACGUGAUUGAAGACGAAAAGGACGUAUGCGCCGUCGCUGACGAACCUAAAUAUCCUAGUAGUUUUGGAAUAAGUUUAGCUGUUCCAGAAUGGGAAGCUAUUUGUACAGCUAUAAUACUAACGAUGAUUAUAAUUUCAACGGUGGUCGGAAACAUUCUUGUUAUAUUAAGUGUAUUUACCUACAAACCCCUUAGAAUUGUUCAGAACUUCUUCAUUGUAUCCUUAGCUGUGGCAGAUUUAACCGUAGCCAUAUUAGUUCUGCCGUUGAACGUUGCAUAUUCUAUCCUCGGACAAUGGGUCUUUGGCAUUUACGUCUGUAAAAUGUGGCUCACUUGCGACAUAAUGUGUUGUACGUCGUCCAUUCUAAACCUUUGCGCCAUCGCCUUAGAUAGAUAUUGGGCCAUUACGGAUCCCAUAAAUUACGCACAAAAAAGAACAUUGGAACGAGUUCUCUUUAUGAUCGGAAUCGUUUGGAUACUGUCGCUUGUGAUUAGUUCUCCACCUUUACUUGGAUGGAACGAUUGGCCUGAAGUGUUUGAACCUGAUACACCAUGUCGCUUAACUUCGCAACCAGGGUUUGUAAUAUUUUCAUCAUCUGGCUCCUUCUACAUUCCGCUUGUCAUAAUGACUGUAGUUUAUUUUGAAAUCUAUUUAGCGACCAAAAAGAGACUAAGGGACCGAGCUAAAGCAACCAAAAUCAGUACGAUUUCCAGCGGUCGGAAUAAAUAUGAAACUAAAGAAAGUGAUCCUAACGACCAGGAUUCGGUCAGCUCGGAUGCUAAUCCCAACGAACAUCAAGGAAGUACACGUCUUGUUGCGGAAAACGAGAAGAAACACAGGACAAGAAAAUUGACCCCAAAAAAGAAACCGAAGCGCCGAUACUGGAGCAAAGAUGAUAAAUCACACAACAAACUCAUAAUCCCGAUAUUAUCUAAUGAAAAUUCCGUUACAGAUAUCGGAGAAAAUCUCGAAAAUAGAAACACAUCUUCCGAGAGUAAUUCCAAGGAAACUCACGAGGAUAAUAUGAUAGAAAUAACUGAGGCGGCGCCCGUGAAAAUACAAAAACGUCCUAAACAAAAUCAAACUAACGCAGUUUAUCAGUUCAUUGAAGAGAAACAAAGAAUAUCGCUUACGAGAGAACGAAGAGCUGCAAGGACCCUUGGUAUCAUAAUGGGCGUUUUCGUGGUAUGCUGGCUUCCUUUCUUUGUCAUCUACCUCGUUAUACCAUUCUGUGUUAGCUGUUGCCUCUCAAACAAGUUUAUAAACUUCAUAACUUGGCUGGGCUACGUUAAUUCAGCUUUAAAUCCUUUGAUUUACACCAUCUUCAACAUGGACUUCAGGCGAGCGUUCAAGAAACUUUUAUUCAUUAAAUGUUAAUAAAGGUGUGCCAAAGACUAAAGGUGAUUUAAAAUUUUAAAUAGAUGUUCUCGCUGAAAUUGCUGAUUUGCUCAAAAUUUAAUAAAUAAACCACUUUCGUAAGUAAGUAGUAUUAUUAGAAAUGAAUAUCCUUUUUAUCUAUCAUCAAACUUUAAUCUUUAAAUAAAAUAAUAAUAGUGAUAUUAUAAAAUAUUAGUAGGUAGUUUUAAAUAAUAUUAAAAUUAACUUAGACUUUGUAUUGAAGUUGUUGUGUCCAUUUUGUAAAUAUCGAUGUAAUGAAUACAUAGUGCAUAGCACGCUAGGAAUUUUCAUUGUGUAAAUAUGUGAAUUGAACGAAUUUAAUGUUAAAGAGCAUUGUAACCAACGAAGAAAAGUUUUAUUAUUACUAGCGUCUCGUUUAAAAUAAUGUAAAUACAUAUCUUGGUCCAUUGUAUAAUAUAUUAGUGAUAUUUGUAAGAUAGAUAUUAUAAGUAUAUUAAUCGUGUUUAACUAUUUUGUUUUAGAAACGUAAAUGUCGUAUCUCUUUAAAUGGCUAAUGUAAACAAUACAUACGUAGAGGCGAAUUAUAUUGGUUUAUAGCAUAUCCCUUUGAAAUAAUUUGAGCCCUUAUUUAAAAGGGAUAUUAAUGUUCAAGUUUGUUUUUCCAUU